AUGGAAUCUUAUGUGGAUCCAAAGAAAUGUUCAAUGUGUCGUCAAAAUCCAAUAAAGUAUACCUGUCCACGAUGUUCGUUACGCACAUGUUCGUUAUCAUGCUGUAUUGAACAUAAGAAAACACUGAAUUGCAACGGUCAACGUGAUAAAACAUCGUUCAAAUCGUUGAAUACAAUGACCGAUCUGGAUCUUUUGUCAGAUUAUCGUUUUCUCGAGGAAGUCAAUCGUCAAGUUGAAACAAGCAAACGUGAUGAACUGGCUAAUCGAAUGAAAUCAUUAAACGAAUCGACACGUUUCCAGAAAUUAAUUCAAAGUAAAUUAAAAUCACUGUGGUCUAUUCAGAUUCUUUAUCUGCCUCGAUUCUCUACUCGACAUAAACAAAAUCAAAUGUGGUUCGAUAGAAAAGCCGAUGACAUUUUUUGGCAUGUCGAAUGUCGCGUCUUUCUGAACACGUUUCAUACAUGGACGAUCACUCGUAUGCCAACCAAAGACACAACAUUAGCGAAUCUGUUAGAGAAAUUUCGUGAGGCGAAUCAAUCCGUAUCUUCAAAAGUCAAAGACUUCUCGUCAGAAGAAAAAGUUUGUGUUUAUAUCGAGAAUUUCGGCCAGAAACGAACACAAUUUGGCAAAUACGAAAAACGCUCAUUCAAUACAGUUAUUGAUCUCUUUCGUGAAAGAAUCUUCAUUGAAUUUCCAAUAUUAUACAUAUCGCUGUUAGAAGAUGAAAAUUCUAUGCUCGAAUCUUUGUCAAAUAAGAAGACUUAA